ACAUAGAUAGGAAAGCCCCAAAAUCGCUGGGUACAAGGGGGUUCUGUGCCGAUCGUCGGGGUCGGCGGACCCCCGCCCGCUCUCAUCUUCUUCCUCCCGAGCACCAACCCUCCUCCUCGCCCACCUCCACCGCCACCACGGCCGCCUCGCUAGCACCGUCCCCGGAGCCGGCGCGGCCCGCCAACGACAUCCAGCGCGGCCUCGCCGGAGCCGUCUCCGGCGCCUGCGCUGCCCUCCGACGGCCUCCACCGCCGCCCUCGUCCUCUCUCCGCCGGCUUGUCCUCGCCGGAUCCGCUUAUUAGGAAAUGGGCAUACCACCCUCACAAAUCCUGGCUCCACGACUACCGACGCCGGGCCCCGUCCCGGCCGUGGAGGCGCCGGCUGCUCCCGCCGUUCCGACCAGGUCGCGCUGGGCCGCGGAGAUCAAGGUCUAUUCCCGCAAGUACCCCCGCAAAAACCCUAAACCUCCUCCUCCAGAACCAGGCCUCGUCCCCUCUCCAGCUCCAGCCCCCGCCCCCGCCUCAGUCCCUAACCCUAAUCCCCUUUCCGAAACCCUAUCUUCGAUUCGCCGCUCCAUCCGCCGCGCGGAGGCCGGGGGCGCUGCGGCGCGGCCCGAUCCGGUUGCGGCUGCCUCGACUCUCGCCUCGACGCCGCCUGGGGAACGCGAUGCUUCCUCCGCGGACCCCACGUUGGGGCGGAACCGGGACGGCGGCGGCAUCGUUCCCAACGGCCACAGUGACGACCGGGAGGCUGAGAAGGCCGAGAAGGCACGGAAGCGCAGGGUGAGGAGCGAGCUGCGGCGGCGGCUGGCGGGGGAGCUCGAUCAGGUCCGCGUGCUCUCUGAGCGCCUCAAGGAGGCUGCCGAGACCCUGGCACAGCAGGAGGCUUCCGUGCCCGCACCUUUGCCCCUGGUGGUAGUGCCGCAGCAGCAGGUGGUGGAUGCUGGGUACGUGCAGUCACAGUUCUCAGCUGGUGAUAUGGUGACGCCCAUGUCUGCGCAGCUCACUACUACGGUUCCACCUGUCCGCUCGCUGCUGCAGCGCAGGCCACUAACCGUGUCGGUAGUUCAUAAUGAAGCAUUUGAGAAGGAGAAACGGACGCCCAAGGCUAAUCAAUUGUACCAGAACUCCGAGUUUUUGCUUGCCAAGGAUAGGAUCCCAGCCUCAGAUUCACAUGGGCGCAAGAAAUCCAAACACCACAAGAAGAAGCACAGGUCCCUAGAAUCUCGUGGCACAGAUUUUGAUGCCGAGCGGAGGUUAUACUCUCAUGCAUUCAAGAAGUCCUCAUCUCUUCUGAGCCGGCUAAUGAAGCAUAAGUUUGGGUGGGUGUUCAACAAGCCUGUCGAUCCAGUUGCACUUGGUUUGCAUGACUAUUUUACAAUUAUUAAGCACCCAAUGGAUCUUGGCACGAUAAGGGGGCGGCUCAGCCAGGGGCAGUACAGGAACCCAAAGGAGUUUGCUGACGAUGUGCGGCUCACUUUCCAUAAUGCAAUGACAUAUAACCCCAAGGGACAGGAUGUUCAUUUCAUGGCAGAGCAGUUGUUAGGAAUCUUCGAGGCACAGUGGCCUGAGAUUGAGGCUGAGGUUAACUAUCUCGCAUCAUGUCCUCCAUUGCCAAAGAAGUUUCCACCUCCACCGAUUGACAUGCGCUUCCUAGAAAGGUCAGAUUCCAUGAGACACCACAUGGCAUUGGACUCUUCAAGGCCAAUCAGUCAUACUCCUACUUAUAGCCGGACUCCAUCGAUGAAGAAACCAAGGGCAAAGGAUCCAAAUAAAAGGGACAUGACAAUAGAUGAGAAACGUAAGCUUAGCGAGAACCUCCAAAAUUUGCCUCCGGAGAAGCUUGAUGCUGUUGUACAAGUCAUUAAGAACAAGAAUCUUUCAGUUAGGCAGCAUGAGGAUGAGAUUGAGGUUGAAAUCGAUAGCAUGGAUGCUGAGACACUUUGGGAGCUUGACAGGUUUGUGGCUAACUACAAGAAGAACCUGAGCAAGCAAAAGAGAAAGGCCGAGCGUGCAAUGCUUGCCAGACAAGAUGCAGAGUUGCGCGCACAGCACUCCGUACAGCAACCACAACCAGUUCAGUUCACCCAAGAACCCAAUGUUGGUGAAAAAUCUCCGAAGCAAGUUGAGAAAGAUUCAGUUGCAGGUAAGCAACUGGCAAAAGGCACUGCACCAGAGCAAAAUGAUGAGAAUAGACAAAACGCGAGUAGUUCAAGCAAUUCAAGCAGCUCCAGCAGUGAUUCAGGAUCGUCUUCUAGUGACUCGGACAGUGAUAGCUCCUCUUCAGAUGGAUCUGAUGCUGGCAAUUCUUGAGAUAUAGGUUACCUUGGUUCCCUUUGCAGGUUCAGAAGUUGCUCGAGUAGACAGCAACUGUCUAAUUGUAUUUGACAUGACAAUGGCUUCGUAAGAUUGUACAUGUUUAGGAAAAACCCAUGUAGUUUAAGUAGCUUUGUAUGUGGAUUCACCCGCUGAAGGCUGUAACUUGUAGGUUCCAGGGUGUACCGCCUAAUUAGACUGGGCUUGUUGCUGACACUCGUCUCUCUGUACACCGUUGUUGCCAGGAGCCCCCUGGCUGUCUCAGUAGCGUGGCUGUCUCAGUAGCAUGGCUGUCUCAGUAGCGUGUACAUUAGCAGCAGCUUAAUCAUGUUUUGCUGUGUCGAUUGCAGUAUGUAGGAAGGUUAUUGCUGUCUUCUGCAGAUUAGCAGGAAAUGUUCAGCUCCAAGUCCGUUUGAUUGAAGAUGCUGUGAAUUCGGUA